CCUGGGGCCCACGGUCCGGGCGCCAUGCGGGCAUCACUGCUGCUGUCGGUGCUGCGGCCCGCAGGGCCCGUGGCCGUGGGCAUCUCCUUAGGCUUCACUCUGAGCCUGCUCAGCGUCACCUGGGUGGAGGAGCCGUGCGGCCCAGGGCCGCCUCAACCUGGAGAUCCUGAGCUGCCGCCGCGCGGCAACACCAACGCGGCACGCCGGCCCAAUUCGGUGCAGCCAGGAGCGGAGCGCGAAAGGCCUGGGGCCGGAGCAGGCGCUGGGGAGAACUGGGAGCCGCGUGUCUUGCCCUACCACCCUGCACCGCCUGGCCAGGCCGCCAAAAAGGCUGUCAGGACCCGCUACAUCAGCACAGAGCUGGGCAUCAGGCAGAGGCUACUGGUGGCAGUGCUGACCUCACAGGCCACGUUGCCCACGCUAGGGGUAGCUGUGAACCGCACUCUGGGGCACCGGCUAGAGCGCGUGGUGUUCCUCACGGGCUCACGGGGCCGCAGGGCACCACCUGGCAUGGCUGUGGUGACGCUGGGUGAGGAGCGACCCAUCGGGCACUUGCACCUGGCACUACGCCACCUGCUGGAGCAGCACGGAGAUGACUUUGACUGGUUCUUCCUAGUGCCUGAUGCCACCUACACCGAGGCCCAUGGACUGGCCCGCCUCACUGGCCACCUUAGCCUGGCAGCCUCUGCCCACCUCUAUCUGGGCCGGCCCCAGGACUUCAUCAGUGGAGAGCCCACCCCAGGCCGCUACUGCCAUGGAGGCUUUGGAGUACUGCUGUCCCGCACACUGCUACAGCAGCUGCGUCCCCAUCUGGAAGGCUGCCGCAACGACAUUGUUAGUGCGCACCCAGACGAGUGGCUGGGACGCUGCAUCCUCGAUGCCACCGGGGUGGGCUGCACUGGUGACCAUGAGGGAGUACACUACAGCUAUCUGGAGCUGAGCCCUGAGGGGCCUGUGCAGGAGGGGGACCCUCGUUUCCGCAGCGCCCUGACAGCCCACCCUGUACAUGACCCAGUGCACAUGUACCAGCUGCACAAGGCUUUUGCCCGAGCUGAGCUGGAACGCACAUACCAGGAGAUACAGGAACUGCAGUGGGAGAUCCAGAAUACCAGCCGUCUGGCAGCUGAUGGGGAGCGGGCAGCCGCCUGGCCUGUGGGCAUUCCAGCACCAUCCCGCCCAGCUUCCCGCUUUGAGGUGUUGCGCUGGGACUAUUUCACAGAGCAGCAUGCUUUCUCUUGCGCUGAUGGCUCACCCCGCUGCCCACUGCAUGGGGUCGACCAAGCUGAUGUGGCCGACGUUCUGGGGGCAGCCCUGGAGGAGCUCAACCGGCGCUACCAUCCGGCCCUGCGGCUCCAAAAGCAGCAGCUGGUUAAUGGCUACAGACGCUUUGAUCCUGCCCGGGGGAUGGAGUACACCCUGGACUUGCAGCUGGAGGCACUGACCCCCCAGGGCGGCCGCUGGCCCCUGACUCGCCGGGUGCAGCUGCUACGGCCACUGAGCCGUGUGGAGAUCUUGCCUGUGCCCUAUGUCACUGAGGCCUCCCGUCUCACUGUUUUACUGCCUCUGGCUGCAGCUGAACGGGACCUAGCCCCUGGCUUCCUAGAGGCCUUUGCUACUGCAGCACUAGAGCCUGGUGAUGCUGCGGCAGCCCUGACCCUUUUGUUACUGUAUGAGCCACGACAGGCCCAGCGGGCAGCCCAUGCAGAUGUCUUUGCACCUGUUAAGGCCCAUGUAGCAGAGAUGGAGCGGCGUUUCCCUGGUGCCCGGGUGCCGUGGCUCAGUGUGCAGACAGCUGCACCCUCAGCACUGCGCCUCAUGGAUCUGCUCUCCAAGAAGCACCCAUUAGACACACUGUUCCUGCUGGCCGGGCCAGACACGGUGCUCACACCUGACUUCCUGAACCGCUGCCGUAUGCAUGCCAUCUCUGGCUGGCAGACCUUCUUUCCCAUGCACUUCCAGGCCUUCCAUCCAGCUGUGGCCCCACCACAGGGGCCUGGGCCCCCAGAGCUGGGGCGAGACACAGGCCGCUUUGAUCGCCAGGCAGCCAGCGAAGCCUGCUUCUACAACUCUGACUACGUGGCAGCUCGUGGGCGGCUGGCGGCAGCCUCGGAGCAGGAGGAGGAGAUGCUGGAGAGCAUGGAUGUGUAUGAGCUCUUCCUGCGCUUCUCCGGCCUGCAUGUGCUGCGGGCGGUGGAGCCAGCGCUGAUGCAGCGCUACCGGACCCAGACAUGCAGUGCACGGCUCAGCGAGGACCUGUACCACCGCUGUCGCCAGAGUGAGCUGGAGGGCCUGGGCUCCCGCACCCAGCUGGCCAUGCUGCUCUUUGAGCAGGAGCAGGGCAAUAGCACCUGACCUUGCCCUGCACCCCAGAACCCUGGCAUGGCAGCACCCCACUCCUCCCCAGCAACCCGGAGCCACCUGCCAGCCUCGCUGGACAGGGCUGGCUGCAGCCUCAGAUAGCCCACUGGCCUGCUCUCUGGCUUUGUGGGUCCUCGGGCCCAGGACAGUCCCUGGGGGAAGUGUCCUCAGAGCCAUCCCUUCCUGCGCCAAACCUGGUCUCCCUGCCCCCUUGACGCUGCUAAUUCAGGCUGUGGCCUCCAAGUAUUUAUGUAGUACAUUCUGCCUGACGCCAGCCUGUCUCCUAGGGUCUCCUGGGGGCUGGGUUGUAGAUGAGUUGAAGUGGGGAGCCAAGAGAGGGGGAUAGGGCACCUCCCACCUUCUCCCUCCUGGACCCCAAUGAAGCUCCCUUCCUUUAAUAAACUGGCUGAGGGUGGA